GGUGAAGCUCCCGGUUUGAAAGUUUAAACAGUAGAUUCGUCCCGGUAACGGAGAGAACCGAAGUUUUUACCGGUGGCGGUUUGUAGCUGGAGCCCGCAGCUACAGGAAACAGGUUUGUUGUGUUUCCGGUGUUAGCAUCAUGCUAACAGUGGUCAGCCGUUUGUUUUGUUGGUGUUUGGCUCUGAGAGCAACACCUGUGUACCUGUCGGAUUAAAACCGAGUGGACCCGACUGACAGAGAUUAAUUCAAACUUUACAGGUAAAAUUAAAGAUCAAAUCUGCAGCUUUACGGAGGAUGGAGUCUGAGCUCCUGAUUGGCUGGCAGCAGCAGAAGGCGGAGCUUGAACAGGAAGUGUGUCGUCUGCAGGAGGAGCUGGCGGAAAGUCGAGCAGAGCGGGAGGAGCUGGAGUCCAGGAGCAGAGCCCUGACUGACAGGCUGCGUCACACGCUGUCUCCUUCACUCAGCACCUCCAUACAUGAGCAGGAGGAGCAGAGGAGGAGGAAGCUGAGGGAGGGCCGGGAGAGGGAGGCUCGACAGGCACUGCUCAUCCAUCGUCUGCAGAACAAGUUGAUCGAGUACAGAGAUCGAUGUCAGCGUUUGGAUCUUCAGCUGCAAGAACAACACACAAAACUGCUCAACACUGAGCUGAGGGUCAGAGAUGAACACCACAACUCUCUCGAGAGUGCUCUCAUCAGGCUGGAGGAGGAGCAGCAAAGGUCCGUCAGUCUGGCUGAAACCAACGCUCUCCUCUGUGAGCAGCUCAGCCAAUCAGAGCACAGCAAUCAGACCCUCAGAGAAGACCUGCAGAAGCUCACAGCUGAUUGGACGAGAGCCGUGGAGGAGGCAGAACACACUGAGGCUGAGUGUCAGAGAGAGAAGGAGUGUCGCUGGGAUCAGGUGGCCCAGCAGCAGGCCCAGUUACUGUCAGUGUGGAGGUCUGUGGUGGAUCUGAAGAGACUCUGUCACACAGUGAAAACAGGUGCUGACAGGGAUCUCUGGAACCUCAGAGCUCAGUUCUCCAGACUCUCCUUUGAGCUCCUCUCCAGCUGCUCCUCCCUGAGGCUCAAAGCUCCACACAACAACGCCUCCUCUCCUCCUCUCUCCUCCACGCUGGUUUUCCCUCCUCCAAACUCCUCUCCACCUCAGCUUCUCUCCUCCUCGACCCAGGGAACCUUCUCCAUGGAGGAGCUGAGGGAGGAGCAGCAAGGAGAAGACGAGGAGCGAGAGGGGACACAGCUGGAGCUCCUCCAUGAGACUGAGGUGUUGGGUCUGCAGCAGAGGAUGGAGGAGCUGACCGGUUCCUUGCAGACUGUGGACACAGAAGAGGAGGUGAAGCAGUUAAAGGAGUGUGAGAGGAGGCUGCAGUCUGUGUCUCAGGCUGUGGUCAGACUGGGGGCGCUGCAGAGGGAGCAGCUGGACCGACAGAGGGCAGAGGAAGAAGCUGCUGAAGUCAGAGACGCUCUGCAGAAGAGCAGGGACAGCGUCCUGCAGCUCUCCUCCUCUGAGACGGUGCUGAGGCGGGAGGUGGAGGACACCCGAGAUGCUUUGGACAAGAUGUCCACUCUGAACACGUCUCUGGUCUCAGACAAGAGAGACCUGAGCAAACAGCUGCUGCAGUUGGAAGCUGAGCUGUCUGACAGCCAAUCACAGCUGAAGACUGUGAGGUCAGAGGUCAUGUCUCUGCAGAGAGACCUUAAAGCUCUGAACAAAGACUGCAGCCUCCUCAGAGCUCAGACGGAGGCUGACGCUCGUGUUGUUCUUCAGCUGAAGGAGCGACAGACAGAACUGGAGACACGUGUGGAGGAGAAGGAGGCGCAGCUGGUCUCCCUGGAGGAGGAGCAGCACACAGCAGAACAGCAGUUAGAGGAGGUCUCCUCCCAGCAUGCCUCGUUACGUAAGGAGCUGCAGGAGGUUCAUGAGCAGCUGCGCCACACAGAGGAGGAGGUGACCAGGAGGCAGCAACAGCAGGAGGAGCAGCAGAGGGAGAGCAGGAGGCUGCAGGAGCAGUGGGAGAGUCUGAGGAAACACAAAGAGAAGCUGGAGGAGGAGCUUCAGGAGCUCAGGUCCCUGUCUGUGUCGCUCCACCUGCAGCUCCAGCAGCAGCAGCAGCAGCUGAUCCAGUCAGAGGUGGACAGAUGUCAGCAGAACACCCACAUCUGUACCCUGCAGAAGACCAAGGCCACCUUACAGGGGGAGGUGCAGUGUCUGAGAGGAGAACUGCUCCGAGAGACGAGCAGGAGAGAAGCGGAGAAGGAGAGGAGCCAGGCUGACCAGGAGGAGCAGCAGGAGCAGCUAAGGAGCCUGCAGGAGGAGCUGCAGGAGCUCAGGAGGAGCCAGGCUGACCAGGAGGAGCAGCAGGAGCAGCUAAGGAGCCUGCAGGAGGAGCUGCAGGAGCUCAGGAGGACAACAACAGAGGAGGAGCAGGCCUGGCAGAGAGAGAGGGAGUCUCUGAGUGAGGAGAUGGGCACGAAGGACGGAGAGCUGGAGGUGCUGAGGAGGCGCAUCGAGGGACUGUCCAUGGAGCUUAAGGAGAGACAAGGAGCAGUGGAGAGACUGAGGGAGGAGGUGCUAGAAGGAGCGUCUCAGAUCAGCCUGAUGAUGGACAGAAUGCAGCAAACAGAGGAGGAGAAGAAGAAACUGGAGGAGGUGGUGACGAGGACGGAGGACAUGCUGAGAGAGGAGGAGGUGAAGAGGAGGGAGGAGGGCCUCCUCAGGGAUGGAGAGACAGAGGCGCUUUGUGAGCAGAUCGAGAAAUUAGAAGGAGAAAAGGAGGAGACCGAGGAGGAACUGAACAGGAGGGAGGAGGAGAUCAGUAGACUGAGAAAAGACAUCAUCAUUUUAAAGGAGGAGGAGAGGAGACAGAAGGAGGAGGUGGAGGAUAUACAGAAGGAGAACACGAGGGAGGUGGAGCUGCUGAGGCUAAGGUUGAACGUGGCUCAGGAGGAGUGUGAGGAGGUGAAAGAGGAGGUCCGGAGGAGAGAUCUCAGCCUGGAGCGACAGAUGUCUGCUGUGAGGGAGCGUGAGGAGGAGGUGAAGAGACUGAAGGAGCACCUGAGGCUGGCUGAGGAGCGUGAGGAGCAAGGAGAGAGGGAGUGCCAGGAGAUUACCAACAAACUGAAGCAGGAGGUGGCAAAGGAGGCGCAGCUGAAGGCUCUGCUGAGGGAGACUCAGGAGCUCCUCCAGAAGAAGAUUAGAGAAGGAGGAGAAAAAGAUGAAAGGACCUCCUCUUUGAACAAAGAGCUGCAGGAGGCACGGGCUGACAGUGAUGGAGCCAAAAGGAGGUCCAGACAGAGUCAAGAGGCCUGUGAAAGGCUGGAGGAGGAGGUGAAGGAGUGGAAGGGAAAGGAGGAGUUAAGCUCAAAGGAGGCAACAAAACUCAGGAACCUCCUUAAAGACCUACAGGAGGAGGUGCAGAAGCUGACAGCCUCUCUGGAGGAGAAGGAAGAGGAGGUGAGAGAGAAGGAGGCACAGAGAAGAACCGAGGAAGAGAGGAGGAGAAAACAGGAGGAGAAGCUGAGGGAGGUAGAGGAGAAGGAAAAAGGAGGACUGGGAAGAGCCAGGGAGGAGAAGAGGAGGUUAGAAGAUAGAUUAGAAGAAAGAGAGGAGGAGCUAAUGGAGCAAAGGGAGGUGCUGAGGAGGACCCAAGAGCAGAAGAGGAGACUGGAAAACAAACUGCAGGAGUCACAGGAGGAGAAGAAAGAGGACAUGGAGGAGCUGAUGAGAGAGAGGGAGCAGAGGAGGAGGCUGGAGAAAGAACUGAAGGAACAAAAGGAGGUUCUGAAAACGGAAGAGGAGAAACUAAGGGAGGUUAGAGAGGAGCAAAGGAGGCUUGUGGAGUUGGAAAGGGAUCAGCACCUCCUUCAAGAGGAGAGAGAGAGGUCCAGGGCUGGAGAACUUCAGGAGCUGUCUGUAAAGCUGAGGAGGAGGGAACAGGAGGUGACAGCUCUGAAAGAGGAGGUGCUGAGGGAGAAGAACCAGGCGAAGGAGGAGCUGAGGAGAAAAGAAUGGGAGGUGACAGCUCUGAGAGAGGAGGUGCAGAAACAAAACAACCAGGCACAGGAGGAGCUGAGGAGAAAAGAACAGGAGGCGACAGCUCUGAGAGAGGAGGUGCAGAAAGAAAAGGACCAGGCACAGGAGGAGUUGAGGAGGAAGGAACAGGAGGUGACAGCUCUGAAAGAGGAGGUGCAGAAACAAAACAACCAGGCACAGGAGGAGCUGAGGAGAAAAGAACAGGAGGUGACAGCUCUGAGAGAGGAGGUGCAGAAACAAAAGAACCUGGCACAGGAGCAGCUGAGGAGAAAAGAACAGGAGGUGACAGCUCUGAGAGAGGAGGUGCAGAAACAAAAGAACCUGGCACAGGAGGAGCUGAGGAGAAAAGAACAGGAGGUGACAGCUCUGAGAGAGGAGGUGCAGAAACAAAAGGACCAGGCACAGGAGGAGCUGAGGAGGAAGGAACAGGAGGUGACAGCUCUAAGAAAGGAGGUGCAGAGGGAGAAGAACCAGGCCCAGGAGGAGCUGAGGAGAAAAGAACGGGAGGUGACAGCUCUGAGAGAGGAGGUGCAGAAACAAAAGGACCAGGCACAGGAGGAGCUGAGGAGAAAAGAACAGGAGGUGACAGCUCUGAAAGAGGAGGUGCAGAAAGAAAAGGACCAGGCACAGGAGGAGCUGAGGAGAAAAGAACAGGAGGCGACAGCUCUGAGAGAGGAGGUGCAGAAACAAAAGGACCAGGCACAGGAGGAGCUGAGGAGAAAAGAACAGGAGGCGACAGCUCUGAGAGAGGAGGUGCAGAGGGAGAAGAACCAGGCACAGGAGGAGCUGAGGAGAAAAAAACAGGAGGUGACAGCGCUGCAAGAGGAGGUGCAGAAACAAAAGGACCAGGCACAGGAGGAGCUGAGGAUCAAGGAACAGGAGGUGACAGCUCUGCAAGAGGAGGUGCAGAAACAAAAGGACCAGGCACAGGAGGAGCUGAGGAUCAAGGAACAGGAGGUGACAGCUCUAAGAAAGGAGGUGCAGAGGGAGAAGAACCAGGCACAGGAGGAGCUGAGGAGGAAGGAACAGGAGGUGACAGUUCUAAGAGAGGAGGUGCAGAGGGAGAAGGAUCAGGUACAAGAAGAACUGAGGAGAAAAGAACAGGAGGUGACAGCUCUGAAAAAGGAGGUGCAGAAAGAAAAGGACCAGGCACAGGAGGAGCUGAGGAGGAAAGAACAGGAGGUGACAGCUCUGAGAGAGGAGGUGCAGAGGGCCAAAGAGGAGGUGAUGAGGAGUAAGAGAGAAGCAUCUGUACUAAAAGAGAAGCUUGAAAAAGAACAGGAGGAGAAGGAGGUGAAAGCUGGGCUGAUGAAGAGUGAGGAUGUUCAGGAGGAGUUCACUAAAACAAAGGAGGAGUUGAAAAUAAUUCCAGAGGAGGUGCAGAGGGAAAAGGAGCAGCUGGAAGAGGGGUUAACAAGGGCAGAGAGGGAAGUAGUGGCUUUCAAAGAGGAGGUGCAGAUGGAACGCAGGAGGAGCCAGGCUGAGAUCUCUCUACUCUUAGAGGAGGUAAAGAAGGAGCAGAGGGAGAAACUGGACUCACAGGAGGAGGCGAAGAAGAGAAAACAAGACAUCACCAUCCUUAAGGAGGAGGUAAAGAAGGAGCGCAGGAGGAGGGAGGAUGUGCAGGAGGAGCUAAGAGGAGUGCAGCAGAGUGUGGAGGUGAUGGAGAAGAGCCUGAGCUCCCUCAGGAGUCAGGUGUUGGAUCUGAGCCGCAGCAGGGAGCGAGCACGGCAGGAGGUGAAGGAGAAGGAGGAGGAGAAACAGCAGAUGAAGGAUGGUCUGAAAGUAGCGCUGGAGGAGAUGAUGAAGCUGAAGGUCCUCCUGCAGGAGAGCCAUGCAGAGGGGGAGCAUCUGAGGAGCACACUGGAGAAGAACAAAGAGGAGGUGGAGAGGAUCAGAAAGGACAACCAGCAGGCGGUCAUGGAGGAGGUGGAGAAACGAGGGGAAGUGGAGGAGCUGAAAGCCAGAGUCAAGAUCCUGGAGAGGAGGAGGAGCGAGCUGCUUGAGGAGCUGGAGAAGGCUGAGGAGAGGAGCAAGGAGCAGGAGCAGGAGAAGCUUAAAGCCCUCCAAACAGGAAGUCAGAUGCUGGCGAGGAAAGUGGAGGAGGUGGAAAAAGAGUGGAGGUCCAGGGUGGAGGAGAAGGAUAUGGAGUUAGAGGAGGCGAGGAGGGAGGUGCAGGAGAGCCGGACUGAGCUGAACAGGGUCAGAGCUUCAUUAGAGGAGCACAAAGUCCAGACCUCCUCACAGGCUGCUGAGAAAAAGGAGGAGCAAAAGAACAGAGAUGGACAAAGACAAAUAGUCCAGAGAGGAGGAGGAGGAGCAGAGGAGGAGGAGGAGGAGGAGGAGGAGAUGUCUCUGCUGCAGGAGAAAGAAGCUGAGGUUGUAGGAGACAGACUGGUGGUCCUGCAGCACCUGGUAGCUGAACUGGAACUGAACCAGAACCGUCUGAACAAGAAAAACAGCCAACUGGAAAACCAGAGAGACAAACUGAAGAGAGACCGAGACGCACUGAGAGACACUCUGAGACAGGUAGAGACACUCUGAGACAGGUAGAGACACUCUGAGACAGGUAGAGACACUCUGAGACAGGUAGAGACACUCUGAGACAGGUA